GUAGACUCCGCCAUCGAUGACCCUAGGUCGCCAGCAGCCGCGGCAGUACAACAAGUGGGUUGCUCGUCUAGUUUUAAGAAUGGGGAUUGUUCUCGUGGUGCUGGUCGUGAUAUGUUCUUGGUGUAAGUAAGUAUUUCUAUUUUUUAUAACAACUGACUCUAUAAUAACGAUAAUAUGCUAUAAUCAAAAGCAUGUACUAUGUGAUCAUCGGCCAUUACGUGACGCUGCUCAACCUGUACAUCCACUUCAAGAAUAGGGUUAGUAAUGAAGCACGUAAUUAUUAUUUUAUGCUUCGCCCCUUGUCUUUCGAGCACUAGAGGGAGGGCAGGCUCUAAGCAAACCACAACAUCAAACGGAGAACAAACUACCACGUUUUUCACAGACAGGCUGCACCUGAUGACACGCCUUAUCGCCAGGCUGAUUAUCACGCAAGUAUUAAGGCCUAGGCCUCCCCUAAUCCAUCUCUAUGUUUAAGGCUCAGCUUUCAAUGGUCAUUGGGGUUGGUCACUGAGAUCGAAGAAGCGACCCCUUUAGAGAACAGGGGAAAAGGAAGGGAAAGGGGAGAGCUUUGAAGGGAGUUUCUUCCGUUCAGAGUCAUGAUGACCAUUGAAGGCUGAGCUUUAAUAUGUAUAAAGAUCCUGCAACAUCAUCAGCAUGCACCACAAUACCUCAAGGAAGAUAGUGGGGCAUGAUAUUCUUGCGGGAUUCCUACACCAGGGAGGGAUGAAUAGGGGGAAGCUCUAAAAGUAGUUCCAUCAUCCUCGAAUGAGGACCGGGUACCGUUUCCUUCUUAUUUUUAUUCCCUCUUCGCCAUUCCGAAAGCUGCGACGAACGAGGCAUCGACACCGAGUGGAACGCCUGCAUCUACGCCUAGUAGUAUUAAGGCUUGCUUCAUGCGAAACUAUCGUAUAAUUUUAGUUUUUAUCAUUGUCUCAUGCUGCUUCUAAUCCUAGACCCGGCUUCUCACCGAACCAGCGGGC